CGUUAGAAAAAAAAUGUGUUUCUCUUAGGAUGCUUGGACCUUUCCUGAUGAGAGAGCCAAAGAGUUCAUGCGAAUUGCAGCAAACACAUACCUUGUAUGGCUUAAAAUCGAUUCAUUUUGCGACGUUUGAAGUAGUAGCAACGUUAGCAUGUAUCUGAACAAUGGCAGAGAAUUUUUUAUAAAUUUUGCAUACGCUCGCGCGCAUUUACACGAGACAUUUUUUACGAGACACGUUAUUAACACAUUUACAGUCAGGAUAAGUCCCAUAUAUGUGAUCGAGUUGUUGUUCUUCGCCAUCUUCGGUCAGACGACACACGAACAAUUGAAGGAAGAAAGUUACCAGCCCGAUUGGACGAAGGUCUUCUUCAAGCUCGCCUUCGGCAUUUACAUGUUGGUGUCGGUGGUGGUGCUUAUUAAUCUCUUGAUCGCCAUGAUGAGCGAUACCUAUCAGCGGAUACAGGCUCAGUCAGACAUCGAGUGGAAGUACGGAUUGAGCAAGCUUGUUCGAAACAUGCACAGGACCACCACAGCACCGUCCCCGCUAAAUCUCUUCUCUACAUGGAUCACGUACUUGUGCAAGCUCUGCAAGAAACGCUUCACCAAGAAACAACAACGGCCCUCUCUGAUGCACCUGAUGACCGGUACUCGCAUGUCCCCUCGCUCUAGAAUGGGGGCAAAAUGGCUGUCCAAAGUGAAGGGCAGACAAAUCGGGCACAAGGACAGUGUCGCCUUAUCGGUCACUCAUCUAAGUCCACUUGGGAGCCAAUUGUCCUUCAGUAACACUGCUAAGAUCGAUAACGUUGUCGACUGGGAAGUCGUCAGGCGCAAGUACAGGGACUUGUACGGCGAGGAAGACGAGGAAAAAUCAGAAGAGAACAAGGACUCGACGGAGACGAAUCCGCUGGCGGCCUUGGAGGGAUCGAACAACAAGAAAUCGAAGCUGCUUGGUGCUUGAACGUCAAAAGAAAAUACUGGAGAAGGAGAUUUAUUCACCGACAAUAUUCUAUAUAGCUCUCGCGCCAGAAAGAGAAAAGGAUUCUCGCUUUCGCGGAUCCGCCGCUUUAAAUGCGCUGCUAAAACGCAUACAUUUAUGUACUUGUACAUAACGCGUGAAGACCCUUGUCAAUACUUUUGAAAUAAACGCCUAAUUCGAUCUUGC